GACAUUCACGCACUGCUGACAACCACGCGAGGGUUUCACCUGCCCCAGCAAGAGCCAUAUGAGCGGUUGGCACGAGGCGCUCGUUGACUGUAUAUCUACAUUUUUUUGGAGUUCUUUGCGUCGUCAAUGCGCACCGGAGACACUGUAAAAAAAAAAAAAAAAAAAAAAAGGAGCAAGGCAACACGAAAUGGACCUCAAUCAAAAUGUCAAAUACAAAAUUGUGGUGGUCGGGGACAGUCAGUGUGGAAAAACCUCAUUGCUUCACAUCUUUGCAAAAGACAGUUUUCCAGAGAGCUACGUGCCAACAGUGUUUGAGAACUACACUGCCAGCUUUGACAUCGACGGAAAGCGAAUUGAACUUAGUUUGUGGGACACCUCAGGUUCGGCCUACUACGAUAAUGUUCGGCCCCUAUCCUACCCAGAUUCUGACGCGGUCCUCCUCUGUUUUGACAUCAGCAAGGCAGAGACUCUGGAUAGUGUCCUGAAGAAGUGGAAGCCUGAGGUGACAGAGUUUUGCCCCAACACACAGAUAUUUCUGGUUGGAUGCAAGUCAGACCUUCGCACGGACCUGUCCACAUUAGUCGAACUUUCAAAUCACAAACAGAUACCAGUAUCAUAUGACCAGGCUUCAAGCACGGCCAAGCAGAUCUCCGCGCCGUACCUGGAGUGCUCGGCCCUGCAGUCUGAGAACAGCGUGAGGGACAUUUUCCACGUGACCACGCUGGCCUGUGUCACCAAGGGCCACAAGAAAGCCAAGCACCACCACCAUCCCUCCGGCAGCGCCAAGUCCAGCUCGGCCAAGGCCACCAAGAGGAACUCUCACAUGCCGGCUCAGAUGCCCGGCCUGGCCGCCGUGUCUGCCUCAGAGGCGCGCAAAAACAAAACCUCAAGCUGCAUCGUCAUGUGAGGUACAGAACACGGGACAUUUUGCGGUGUUAAUGCAACUCUAAGGGAGAAGAAUCAACACUAGAUAAGGUCUUCUCUCUAUGUGCUGAAUUAUAACAACAAAAUGUAAGAGCCACUUCUUUCCUCCGUUCCAUGUGCUUUUGAUGCGACUGCUAUGGGACUUCCAAGGUUAGUCAAGCUGGACCUGGUGAGAAGCGGUUAUGGUGCAGUGAAGAAAGCAUGGGACAACACAAUCCUACUGUACUUUUACAGCAUGGGACAACACAAUCAGUGGUUCCUACUGUGCUUUUACAGUAGCCUGGCAAGCGAGACCAUGACAUGAGGCAACAUUGUCUACAUGUGGGGAGUUAUGGACCUAAAUGUGUUCAUGAGAGAAAAAAAGCCUCACAACUCCGCAGAACAUGGCGGUAGCCUAAGACAAAUCUAAGGUGAUCUUGGCACGGUUUGUGCGUCUAUGGAGGAAAAAAGGGAGAAAACAUCCAUCCUGAUUUUGUAAAACUUGAGGAAAAUAGAACUCUGGCUUUAUCUCAAUAUCUGUCUCCAGAUGCUGCCUCUGGCCUUGUGAUUGAAGGCUCAACUUCAUCUAAGACCUUGCAAUACAUCAAAAGGUGACAGGACAGUAGCAGCAGAGGGCCUGCGUGUGGUGCUUCAUUCCCCCAUCCUCCUCCUGUGUAUCUUCCAAGGGAAGAGUGGUGACACAGAGGAUGUAGGAAUCCACUGGAGGAGUGAUAUUGGGAUGGAGCCUGCAGUAAGUGUGAUUCAAGGACUGCAGGACACCUGAAUGUGAGUCACCUCAACCUCAUCGACCUGUGGGAGUAAUUUCGUGUCUUAAUUCCUCCACGUCUUACAGGUAUUGGCAUAUUUAUUGACCGACCGGCCGCCGAAACUAAAGCCAAGCUUGAGCAAAAAACAUCAGAGACAACGGGUGGAAAGUCAAGUCCUGGCAAGAAGACCUGGCAUGGACUCCGGAGGUGUUGUUAUAAGUCAGUCUUCAUUUACGUGUGAUAGAAAAUAGUGACAUGCCAUCACUGUGAUCGAAACCUUAUUUUGAACCUGUUUCUCCACUGAUUUUUAUUCGUUUUUUUAUAUGUACUGUAUAUAUUUUUGUUUUGGGGCAUUUUAGCCCCAUUGAGACAGGACAGUCGAGGAUGGAUACAGGAAAUAAAUGGGAGAGAAAGAUGGGGAAAGGUUGGGAAAUGUUCCAGGCAGGACUCGAACCUUGGUCCCCAGGGCCAUACAAGCCGUAGGCUCUCCAUUUAUUGCACUGCUAAAACAGUAGAUUUUUAAACCACUCUUCUAGGAUGCUGUACUGUACAAUUUGCCUUGCAGAUCCCCUGCUCUUUUGUAUUCAAAUAUGUACAGUACCAAAGAGAAUCAUCACGCUUUUUGGUGACACCCAAACCGUUAACUUCAACAGUAGCUCGACAUUAUAGUCUGAGCUGCGGUUUUGGAACAUGACUGUGGAUCGCUCUAACAGAAGUUUCUGUUGAAAAGGUAAAGCCUUUUGUGACUCACCAUCAUGCCAGACGCUCAGACUCCAAACCUCAACUUUUAGUGCCUCAGUAUGUGGGCGUGUGGACUUUAUGUGUUGGCAAGUUGUUGGACUAUAGUUUUCAGAGUGAGGAGUCUGCACACUUAGAAUCCUUUUUGUUGUAUUUAAAACACAACAAAAAGGAUUCUAAGUGUGUGGACUUCUCACUCUGAAAAAAUACAACAAAAAGGAUUCUAAGUGUGCGGACUUCUCACUCUGAAAACUACAGUUGACCUUUGUCCUGCACCUUUUCCUGGGAUGUGCAUAAUCCUCUCCUUCAAAGUUGUUGGACUAUACCACAAGUCUGUCUGUCAGUCUGUCUGUCUGUCAAAACCAGUGAAUGAACAGCUAUGCAAUAGGCUAUGAGCCAGACUCUGAUCAGCACAUGGCUAAUGUGUGCAAAUCAUUUCACCAAAGUUGUGUUCUUUCCUCUGUGCUCUGACCUCGUAGGACUACCUUGAUAAAGUUAGUUUUUAUAUUGGGCAUUUAUUUAACAUUUAGCAUAAAAAUGUGACAUUGGCCAUUCAUUUAAUUAAAAAAAAAAUGUGAUAUUGGGCUGUCAUUUAACAUUUACAGUAACAUGACGUGAUGUACUGUAUCUGGAAAAAUGGUGGCACAUGAGGACAUUUGUCUAUGAUUCAGAGUGGAUCUGACAACUAGUGAUUUUUGAUAUCACAUUUGAAUUUUGAAUAUUAAAUGGAAGUCCAAUAUAAAAUGUACUUUUGUGAAAGUUGGAAAUGAGGCACUAAGUCGAUGGAUGGAGGAAAGGACACAAGUUUGUGGAAAUGAUUUGCAACCAGUUUCUUACUUUUUUUCGCUGGCAUUUUGUCUGUCAUGUGUCUCUGCUGUAAUGGUAUCUUGUAGUCAUCAAAAUGCACUGCUGUCAUAUUCGGUAGAGACAACAAUUACUUUUCGUAUUCUGGAGUGGAAAGAAACUUUGUCGUUUGGCCCACUCCACCACACCUGUAAAUGAAUUUGGGUUAUUUAUUUAACUUAGAUGUAUGUACUGUACAUUUGGCAUGUUGUGUACUUUAAUACAUUUCUGCCCAGGUUAUGAGUGGUUUUAUGAGUGGCAAGAGUGUGUGCUGCCUUGUUUGGUGCACAACUGCAUACAUGAGAAAGGAGAUUUUUGGUCAUUUUUAGAAAAAGCAACAUGACAUUUUACCUACAGUACAUAAUAAAGGCCUCACUGAUUUUGGA